GGUGGUAUUCUGUGCUUCUGGGUUCAUAAUUGUCAAAAUUUAAUGUCGAUAAAAAUUGUACAGUAUUUUAUAACUUUACUUUAAUCUCCUUUAUGACUCCGUGUAAUUUUAAUAUGGAAUUAUGUGUAAAAAGCCGCACGGUAUUUUCUUGUUUUUGUGCUUAACUGUUAUUCAAGGGUCCCAGAUAGUAUUGAAGAAGUUAGAGGUCGACAUCGGCAAAAACGUUACUUUGCGAUGUCCCGUCGAUUUGACAGAUGUUAUGUGGGUGAAAGAAAAUCGCACAGAUGACGACCAUGCCCGAAUGAAAGUUUUCAGCAAUGGGACAUUAUUUAUAAUGCAUGUGAAUAUAAAAGAUUCUGGCGCUUACUCUUGUAGACGAGCCAACGUUGUCGAGUCUCCUAUUCAAGGCAAAGUUCAAGUGAGAGUAAGAUCACCACCUCUUCCCCUAAAUGUAACUAUAAAAACAAGUACGGUAUUAGCCGUGGUAUUUUGGACUGUACAAGGUAAUGGUGGAUAUCCAAUAAUUAACUUUACUGCACAGUACCGACUUGCCUAUACAAAUGACAGUUGGUUACCAAUUUCACCAAAUCAUAUUACACCUAACUCUCGGCAAGUUGAUGUGUACAAUUUGAGGCCCAACACAACAUAUGAAUUUCGCAUUUGGGCAACCAAUCAAUUAGGUAGAAGCCCAUCGGUAAGUGUGUAUGGAGUAACACUGGACAGUUACAAAGAAACAGAUUUAGCCAGACAUUUGUUAAAAGGAGCGGACCAGUUUGACACUAGAAUAUGGGCAGCAGCUGUGGGAGUCGUCAUGGGUACUUUGGUGCUACUAGGGAUUGGCACUUGCAUUUUGCUGUAUCAAGAAUGUAAAACUCCAACGGUGGAAGAAGAGCAAGAAAUCAUCGAAUUAGUGCCGAACAUAAUUCUUAAUCCUGGGUUUGAUGACAACCAACAAAACAUGCCGGCGCCUGAUGAAAAUUCAAAUAAUGAGCAUCCUCAACGCCUUAACAAUAAUUCUGUGGUACAACCGCAAAAUGUAUGAGCGACUAUUAUUUUAAUUUAAUUAAGGCGGCCAUCUAAAUAUUUCCAUCUAUAAACUAAAUUUAAAAGAAAAGCACCAAAUUGAUAAUAUACUUAAAGCUAAAACCUCAAACAAAAUUUGCUUUUAAUUUUAUUUUAUCCUCAUCACGGGAAUAGGUACCACAUAGUUUUUUUAACUAUGCAAAAGAAUACAAAAAUCAAAGAAUUAUACAGCGGUAUAGGAGCACAUGUAAAUAAUAUUACAUCAAACAAUAAAUGUACCAUAAAACUUAUUUGGCAUAACCCGUUUGAGUGACACUAUAAUUAUUAAUUCGUGAUAUUCGUAAUAUACACCCUAUGUAUAUUAAAUUUCGCUUUAUUAUGUGAUUUUUGUGAUAAUUAUUUAUAAGCAAUGAUUGUAUUGUUUUUUUAUGUAUAGUUGCUUUAUUCACUACAGUAAUUCCACAAAUACACAUUAAAAUAUGCCUAGGUACAUAUCACGUCUUAAAUAAUUUUUAAUAAUAGUAGGUGAGCUAAUUGUGUUUAUUGUAAACUGUUGAGCUUUCAAAAAUGCUUCCUAUUAAAGUUAAUUUAAGUCUAAAAUCCCAAAACUGCAGAAUCUGCUGCUUUUAUGACAAAUUAAGUAUUUGCGUGAAACUUGAGUUGUGAAAAAGUUCCAGUAUAGAUACCUACAAAAAAUUAUGGUUUUAAAUAACACAGAAUUUUCUAAUCUAAGUGUUGCAGUAACUUUGACCAUUUAUAUAGAAAUUGUUCUGAUUCAUAAACUUAUGUAUAUAUUUUUUCUUGUUAUGGCAAAAAUAUAUAUCAUAUAACUCUUUUUAUUCGAAUCACAAAAUAAUUGAGGAGUCAUAUCAUUUUAAUAAGUCAGAAAGUCUAAGAACGCACCAAUUUUUAAUUGUUCAAAUCUCAAUUAUGUUGAUGUGACGCCUAAAAUGUGUAAUGUUUUUAAAUAUAUAUGGAUUUUUAGCAACUCGUGGAAAAUAAAUGGGCAAAAUUAUUUUGAAAAACUCAUUGGUUGUAAUACUACAUGUAUCUUCUACAAGUGCCUGUGUGUAGGGCAUACAUAUUUAUAUACAACAAAAUUUAAAAAAGCUUAAAACCAUGCCCAAAAUUGUAAUCUUCAUUACAAGUGCCAUUUGAGUCUCUUCAAUUUGUGAACAUGAAAAAUUAAAAAAUUUUAAAGCUUUUGCUUAUAUUUUCAAGAAAAAUAGAAAAAAAAUGUGCCUCUACCAAAUAAAUUUGAUAAAAUUGCAAAUAUUAGUUUGAAGCACAUCUUAAUAAUUAUUGUGAGAUAACCACAGACUGAUUUAUAACUUAGACAUAGCUAGCUCUUUUUAAAUAAUUGAAUUUCCAUGACUGACAUUACAUAAAAUUACAUAGUAAAUCUCUGAUAAUUUGGGUAUGUUAAAUGAGAGAAAAAGAUUGAUUACUGGAUAACUUUCACUAAAUUUCAAUUCAAGAAAUAACCCUUAUAUAAUACAAACUAAGACAGCAACUUUUGGAAUGCAGUGAACGUAUAUAAAAUCUCUUGCAUUUCCCAGGUUUUACCAUGUAAUUUUUUGUUGGUCGGUAUUUGUAGUCUUGUGUUCUGACAAGCGCACCAUUUAACAUAAAGUUGUGGAAACUUAAUUAACAAAAGCUUUUAUAGUGCACUUCCAAAUCGUAGAAAACAACGCCAACAAAGUGAUUUGUAACAGGAAGUUGCGAAAAUAAUUUUUAAAAGCUAAUGAGACUUUAAUUUUUAUUGCAUAAAAAAAUGUUUGAUUAUCAAAAUCUAUGCAUCAAAUUUUUACUAUUAAAUUUUUUGUAUAACAUUUGAAUCAAUAUUUUCCAAUAUCUGUUUCCUUUAUAUGGAAAAUGUUUUGGCAAAUCCUGUGUUACAUUUUGAAAUUAGAGAAAAAGAAGUCUCAUUGGACUUGGCUUUUGUAUAUGGAAUUAUGUGUAAGUGUUUUCCUUUUAUAACAAUAGAAAAAUUCAGUGCAGUAUUAACUUGUUAUUGAUUGCUAUAUGCAGCACUAAUUCUGUUUUACAGACAUGAUUUUCUGAGCACACUGUGAGCAGCUUAAUAAUUUUAUUGCGCUUAUUUAUUAUUGGUCCGCUUCUGUUUAGAAAGCUAGUUAUUUAUAUAAUCUAUGUUGUCAUAUCUGAGCAAUAUUGCGCUAUGGAAUAUUUUGUAUAAAUAUGUUCCUAAUAAAAUAAAUUUUUACUA